UCUGCUUUGGCGCUCCAGGUCCACCCCAGCAGGGGUCGCUGUCCUCUUAGAAUUACGAGACGAGCGCAAAUCGCGUCUUGCUUUUCCUUUGUUAUCAUCAGCGGCAGCCGCGAGAGGGGAGAAGGCGAAUGUGGCUUUUGUUUCGGCGGUGGCUUUUCGUACCAUCUCCGAGACGAUGAGUGCCGAGUCGUGGCGAGGCCGCUGGCGCGUUAGUGGCGCGUUAGUGGGAGUCCACACUCACUGAAGGCGAUGACCAUGUAAACCAGGUGCGAUUCUUUAAAGGCCGGGGCUGAGAAUAUCAGAGCAUCACAGGAGGCUGGAGCGCGAAGAUGUCGCUGUUGGUGGUGGGAGUUGCCGCGUGCCUGGCUGGGUGGGUUGCUCUGUACUCUCUGCUGUGUCACACAAACGGCUCUCGAGGCUGCGAGUGGAACUGUCGGCUGGUCACGCUACUCCACGGCAUCAUGGCGGUCAGUGUUACUGCUUACAUAGGCUACGUGGACGGACCCUGGCCUUUCACCUACCCAGGCACAAAGAACACUCCUCUUCAAAUCUCAGCGAUGGUGCUAAGUCUGGGUUACUUCCUCUUUGACAUGGGCUGGUGUGUGUACUUCCAGACGGAAGGUUUGGUGAUGCUGGCCCACCACACCAUGAGCAUUCUGGGAAUCUUGCUCACGCUGUGGCUGGGCGAGUCGGGCAUCGAGUCCUGCGCCGUCAUCUUCGGAAGCGAGAUCACCAACCCCCUGCUCCAGGCCCGGUGGUUCCUGAAGCACUCGGGCCACUACGACACUUUCCUGGGCGACCUAGUCGAUGUCCUCUUCGUGCUGCUGUUCGUCUUCAUGCGUGUGUUCGUGGGCGGCGCCAUGCUGUACUGCGAGCUCGUCUCGCCCCGCCCCAAGCUCGUCAUCAAGUGCGGGGGCGUGGCCAUGUACGUCCUGUCGUGGGUGUUCGUGGCCGACAUCGCCCGCUUCGCGGGCCGGAAAGGCAGCGUCCGGUACCGCUACUGGAGGCGCCGGGCCUUGCAGACUCAGGAUAACAAGGCCGAGUGAGGCAGCGCUCACUAAACUGCUGUCAUCUCUCCUUACGAACUGCACGUCACUUCUAUCGGUGCACACAGCUGUUGGGUGUUUUCCUGUUAUCAGAUGUGAUUUUGUCUAAUUUGAUUAAUAAGGGUUUUUUUUUAUUUUUUUUUUAUGAGUGUGUACAUACAGUAAUACAUCUAUGCCACAGACUUUGGCUUUUAGUUGUGGUACACUUGAAGUAGUUGUUAUAUUGCUUGUUAUUAAAUCACACUGAAAUGUUUGACACUUUUUUAUUUGUGCAAUGUUUGUAAUUAAUCACAAGUUGUAAAGUGUUUUACAUUUUUUAAAAUCAAUCUAAUUAAAAUGAAUUUAUGCC